CGGGAACGCACCCGUAAACUCAGCCAGUCUGCGAGUGCGUGAGUGCGGUGCAGUCAGGACAUUUGGAUCAAGCCACACUCUGCAAAUCUAACACUAUUACAGUCCUAGGUCUCGUGGUCUCCUGUGUGGUGAAGUCAGCUGUGAUGGCCAAGCUCCAGGGCUUUGAAUUCUGGAAUAAGACCCUGAAAGCAGCACAGUUUGUGGUGGCACCCAUGGUGGACCAGAGCGAGCUGGCUUGGCGCCUGCUGAGCCGCAGACAUGGUGCUCAGCUCUGCUACACCCCCAUGCUGCAUGCACAGGUGUUUGUCCGUGAUGCCAACUACAGGAGAGAAAACCUCUACAAUGAGGUUUGUGAGGAGGACAGACCUCUCAUCACACAGUUUUGUGCCAAUGAUCCAGAGGUGUUCCUUGAGGCGGCUCUGCUGUCGCAGGACUACUGCGACGCCAUUGACCUGAACCUGGGCUGUCCACAGAUGAUAGCUAAGAGGGGUCACUAUGGAGUCUUUUUACAAGACGAAUGGGAGCUGUUAGAGAAAAUGAUCAGGUUAGCCAAUGAAAAGCUCUCGGUGCCCAUCACAUGUAAGAUCCGUGUGUUCAAGGAGAUUGAAAAGACAGUCUGCUAUGCCCAGAUGCUGGAGAAAGCCGGAUGUCAGCUGCUGACAGUGCAUGGCAGAACCAAAGACCAGAAAGGAGCCAUGACGGGUAUCGCUAGCUGGGAGCACAUCAAGGCAGUACGGAAAGCAGUUAAUAUUCCAGUGUUUGCUAAUGGCAACAUUCAGCACCUGAGUGAUGUGGAGCGCUGUAUUCAGGAGACAGGGGUUCAGGGAGUCAUGAGUGCAGAGGGGAACCUCCAUAACCCAGCGCUGUUCGAGGGCCGUAACCCCCCAGUGUGGGAGAUGGCUGAGGAGUAUCUAGAGGUGGUGAAGCAGUAUCCUCCCUGCACUCUGUCCUAUGUACGAGCCCACCUCUUCAAGCUCUGGCACCACACGCUACAGAUCCACCAUGACCUGAGAGAGGAGUUGGCCAAGGUGAAGAACAUCGAAGGUUUGGCUGACGUCAGCAAAAAGUUGAGGCUGCGCUGCCAGGAGGAGAUAGCCAAAGGAAAGGAUGUGGAAGAGAAGGAGAGCAGCCUGCCCUUCCCCCACUGGAUCUGCCAGCCAUACGUCAGGCCAGUGCCAAAGGAGCCAGUUGCCAACGGUAACAGCAAGGGUUCAGAGGUGAAGAAGACAGUGUGUCAGAAGAGAGCGCUGGAGGACUCUGAUGGAUCUGCUGACACCCUCUCUAAAAACAAACAGAAGAAGAGAUCCCGUAACCCCAACAAGAACUUUUGUCCCGAUCAGAAACCCAAGUACAUCAAAUGUGAACAGUGUGGAAACCCCAAGGGAAAUAAGUGCGUGUUUAAUCUGUGUAGAGGCUGCUGUAAGAAAAAGGCCUUCAAGGAGGUGGCAGACUGUCCAAGUCAUGGGCUGAGGUUCAAGACCAAGGCGGAGAAACAAAAAGCUGACGAGGAAAAUAGAAAGAAGGACUCGGCAGCAGAGACAGAGAAAAACAGCAGCGGCUCCCCUCAGCCUCCCCCACAUCCAAGUCCAGAGCUGCAGGAGCAGUCACAGGCACAUCUGCCACUAUGAGCAGGAAUAUGGCUACCUCUACAUGCACAUACCAGACUGCUGUUAUUGUAGGUCUGAGCCGCCACAUCUAAAAGUCGGACUAACCCAGUUAAGACCAUCUACAUGAAUAGUUCAGUUCAGAUGUGCGUCACAGUAAAGAUCAGUCCAGUGAGGCUGCUGUGUGGACCUACUGUGAUAUGUUUUGCUGGUGAUGAACACAUGAGGGGCGAGCUUUUGUGUUUAUUCGGGCAACAGAGAGAUGCAAUUGGAGGAUAACAACUUCAGGUGUUUGCAUGUAGAGGUGACCAAUGAUAAGUCAGGACAUUAUAUAAGACAACACAGCUGCUAAAUAACCUCAAUGACAGUUGUUUUCCAGGAAGAGACUGUCUGAAUCGGACUGAUGGUGGACAUUGAUCCACAGACCAAAACCAUAAACUAGAAAAAAAAUAUUUUUAAUUUGAUGUGGAUUUGCUUGGCAUUUUUUCUGUGGGAAAGUUGGGAAGUUUCCUCAUGAAAAUGAAUUAGUUCUCUACUGAUUCUGUCAUUUUAUUUUUUAAAGAUUGAUCAAAGAUUGUAUGUGAGGACAAGUUUUAGACAUUAUUAUUUUUAUUUUGGGCGAAGUUGUUACUGAGUCACCAAAGUAUGAAGAUUCAGUAAGUGUCAGACUGACGGAGAAAACACCUCGUCCUGACAGACUGUAUUGCUUUCAUUUAAGGUCAUGAAUGUGGUUGCAUUUUCAAGUGAUGACUUAAACUAUUUAUUUUGGGUUUUAUGUUUUGCCUGUAGUGCAUUGACUGUAUGUGCCUUUUGAUGAAAACACCACUGCCUAUCCAGAUCUGAUCUGAAGGGAGAGGAAGAUCAAAGUGGUGCUCCAUCUGGUGUUGUCUAAAACUCAGUGACGACACAGUACAAAAGAAAUGUCUCUACUAACUAUGAACACUAUGACAUUUUGUGAAAUAUGUUUUAUCAUCUUACACCCAGACAGUGUUUAGCCUAGCUUAGGACAAAGAUUAGCAGCUAGCCAGAGCUCCAUCAAAAGUGGGAAAAGAAAUUAACCAACCAGAAACUUUGUUUACACAUUGUACUUUGUGCGUUUGACAUAGAGAAAUCGGAAAAUACAUAUUGUGACCUUUGUAUUGGCAACUAACUUACUUAACUAAAGGGUGGGGGCACUAGCCUUAUUCUGUCCAAAGGUAAAAAUCCUCUGGUGCUGGUGCUUCUGUUCCCCCAUGCAUUCUUUGUGCUAUGCUAAGCUUUAGAUUUUUAUAUUUUCCACAGACAUGGGGAUGGUUACAAUCUUCUCAUCUAAUCCCCUUGCAAGAUAUUUCUUGGAAAAAAAUACAUUCCUUUCAAACGUAAACCUCACUUAUCCAAGGUUUCUCCAUCCAAACGUCAGUCAUCUAUUUGUGAGAGUUGACGUAGAUGAGUUAAGUAGAUCAUUUGAGCUGGUUAGCAUUAUAUUAGCCUGGAUGAACUAAACAGCAAACACAGACUGGGGUCGAGAUCUUUGUGUCAACUUGUUUACUUGAAUUGAAAAACUGAAAAAUACAAGACGGGUGAAUACAAAUCGAUCGUCCAUUUUAUCCAAAGACUCAAGUUAGCUAGCAGGAAGCCUGUAAUGUACGUAGAAUUGGAUCACACUUGUUUUCUUUGAAGCUUGAAACCGGAAGAUGCUGCUGCUUGUCAGACUCAAAUGGACCUCGCAGAUGUUGGAGAAAGUAAAAUGCUAACAAAACUGAUUAUUGUCUUGAUAAAUACAUGAAAAGGUGAUGGGAAAUGAGGUCUUAAUUAGCCCUGCUGUUUCUGUUAUGAUUUAUAGUGUUAAAUUACAUCCAGCACAUGACAGGUUGAUUUGGUGAAAGGGCAUUUAAGUUCAUCUGACUCAACUCUGGGUGUACGUCAAGACAAAAAUAAAAAGCUGCUCCACCUUCA